AUGUUGUCUGCUGCAAUCUUUUUGGCUGGACUUGCCUGUGUUUUCGCUGAGGGAUACGGAUCCCGAUGCUACGACUGCAACUACGCCCCAUCUGGUUACACCAAGCAGGUGAACUACUGGACCAGAGUAUCCUCCAAUGCAGGAUACGCUGGAUGUGCCCUUGCCAAAUAUGGAGAUGCUGAGUCCCUCGACAAAUGGAGCUGCGCAUCUGGAGAGUGCUUCAUCCGUAAAGACCCCAAUGGUCUCGUGUACCGUGGCUGCGCCAACAAGGAGAACCUUCCCCUUGGAGUAUCUACCUACAAACAGUGCGCCAAUCAGGCUGGUUCUCUCUGGUAUUUCUGCAAGGGAGAUCUCUGCAACAGCAAGCAACUUGGAGACUAUGGAGUCUGUGGAUACAAACCUGCUUACUAUGAUACCUACAAGAGUCCCUGUGAUGGCAAAUGCUACAACAACCCCAGCGGUCUUUUCGCUGACAAAUACAACAAGAAUGGUUUCAUCCAGUGUGGAUGUGACUACAAAUAUGGCAAAGCCUGUAUCUGCUGCAAGCCUUUCUUCAUGAAGUGCCCAUACGGAACUGCCUUUGAUGACUACACCAAGGUAUGCAGCAAGGCUGCUUAUAACCCACACUACGCCCCUGCCCCAUACAAGCCUGAACCAACCUAUGAGGCUGAACCAACAUAUGAGGCUGAACCUGUCUAUGAGGCUGAACCUGUCUACGAGGCUGAACCCACUUAUGAGGCCGAGCCAGUCUACCAUGCCCCAUCAUACGGAUAUGGAUAUAGAUACCAAGCCCCAUCAUACAGAUACAACAACGUCUAUUAACUGUUAAACAAAUAUAAAUUUUUGCAAUUUUUGUGCAAUAUUACAGUUAUAUGUUGUUAAUAAAUGCUUACAAUUAAAUUAGAAAUGUAUUUUGUGCUUUCGAUCUCAAAUUAUGGAAGACAUUCGUAGAUUAUCAAGACAUUCAUACAUGGUAGAAAAUAUUGAAAGUUGGUGAACACAAACCUUUAAAUAAACAGUUUAAAAGGGAACCUGUUUUAG